ACGUAUAUAUACGAUGCGAAAUUACGUUGCUUAUAUAAGUUCGUUCUGUCAAUCGCUACCUUUCAAUUGUUAAUGUCAAGUGACCGGUGGGACAUCAAUUAAGCUAGCGACGCGCAAAUCAUCGGAUUAACAAGUGAAGGGACACAUCUGCCCGAAAGAAAAUGUUUGUUAGAAUAAAGCUGUUACAAAGUUAUCUAUUCCAUCACAUGCCUUUGAAUUAUAGAUCAAUGCAUCUUUUGAGAGAUAAUGCAUAUAUCAAUGGAAAUUGGAUAAGUGCCAGUAGCAAGCAAACAUUCCCCGUUUGCAAUCCGGUCGACAAUACUGUUAUUGCUUGUGUUCCUGAUAUGAAUAUUGCCGAUACUCAAGUAGCCAUUGACACUGCUGCCAAAGCUUUUGAAUCAUUCAGUAAAACUACAGCCAAAGAGAGAAGCGAUUUGCUUAGAAAUUGGUACAAUCUGAUGGUUAAACAUUCAGAGGAUCUCGCUUGUAUUUUAACUAAGGAGAAUGGAAAAUCCCUCACUGAGUCUAGGGCAGAGAUUAAGUAUGGAAAUUCCUUCUUGGAAUGGUUUGCAGAGGAAGCUAGAAGAAUAGACGGGGAAAUUUUGCAAUCUCCUGUACCUAACAGGGAAUUAUUCUUAUUAAGACAACCAGUUGGAGUAGCUGCUUUAAUUACACCAUGGAAUUUUCCACAUGCUAUGAUUACCAGGAAAGCAGGCGCUGCUCUUGCUGCUGGCUGUACGUGCGUCGUGAAACCGUCCGAGGAUACCCCAUUGACGGCACUGGCAUUAGCAGAUCUUGCGGAACAGGCGGGUUUUCCUGCAGGAGUCUUGAACGUACUCACUACGAGCGUAACAAAUUCCGUUGCCGUUGGCAAGGAGCUGUGCGAAAAUCCCAAAGUAAGGGUGUUAUCAUUCACCGGUUCCACAGCCGUGGGAAAAAGUUUGUACAAGCAAUGCGCUUCAACCAUGAAGCGACUUGGCCUCGAACUGGGCGGUAAUGCGCCAUACAUCGUAUUUAAAACUGCGGAUGUCGAUCUAGCUGUAAAUAGUGCCAUGGCAAGUAAAUUCCGCAAUACUGGUCAAACGUGCGUCUCGGCAAACAGAUUCUUCGUGGAAGACAAUAUCUUUGAUGAGUUUGUCGAGAAAUUUGUUGAAAGGAUCAAGGUGGACAUUAAGUUGGGAGAUGGUAGUAAAGAGGGUGUCACUCACGGACCGCUCAUUAAGAAAAGUCAAUUAGAUAUGGUGAACGAUUUGGUGAAGGAUGCGAUUCAAAAGGGAGCUAAGGUACAUUGCGGCGGUAGUCCACUACCGGAUCUCGGUCCGCUGUUUUAUGCACCUACUUUAUUAACCGAAAUAACUAAGGACAUGCAAAUAUACAAUAAAGAAAUCUUCGGACCCGUAGCUGUGAUCAAUAAGUUUUGCAGCGAGGAAGAUGUAUUAAGACAAGCCAAUGACACGCCAGUUGGUUUAGCAGGAUACUUUUUCUCGCAGGACAUAUCGCAGAUAUUUAGAGUCGCGCGAAAACUGGAAGUCGGUAUGGUAGGAGUCAAUGAGGGAUUAAUUUCAUGCGCAGAGGCUGCCUUCGGUGGGGUAAAGGAAUCUGGCUUAGGAAGAGAAGGUUCUAAAUACGGGGUCGAAGACUUUCUCGAUAUCAAAUAUGUAUGCAUAGGAAAUCUCAAGCGCUGAUUAGCAAAAAAAGUUGGCGAUAUAAUAUGCAUUUUGAAUAGCAAUCAUUUAGUUAUUCCAUAAUGAUAUAAUUCGCUGAUAGACAAUAAUAGGCUAUAUAAUUUAAUUAUAUAAUCUAAUAUAUAUACAAUAGCAGAGAAAUGAAAACAAAGGUUUUACUCUGUCAUCUAAACAUUUAUAGGAUUUUUGUAAUUAGAUAUUUGUUCAUAUUAUUAUUAGUACUUUAAGUAUAUUUAUCUGCCAUAAUUUGCUGCAAAUUCAUACAACAAACAUUGGAAAUAGUAUAUUUGAUUUACUUUUAUGUAAAUUAAUUUAAAUUCAAGCAGCUUUAUUAAUUAAUAUCACAUCCACUUAAUAAAAUGUACAAAAUAUAUUGCUUGAUAUAUAUAGAGUGGGAGUUUUAUAUAUAUAUA